AUGCGCUGGUCGGAGGAGAGUGGUUGCUACAAAGAAGCAUGGCUGGAGCAACCCGCUGUCGGUCAACAACAGGCUCAAAAAGCUUCAAAGACGCGAUAUUUCUUCCAAAUCCAAUCGUGCCUCUACAAUCACGAAAUCUCUCCACCGUUUUCGCAAUUUCCGCUUGACGAUAGUCACUUUCCCAUCCUACCCUCUAUUCUUCUUCAGUUCUCUUCAAUUCAGCUAGUUUCCACUACUAUGCAGCUAAAAUUAUCUAAAAUUAAAGAGGUUGAUGCGAUGUAUGAUGAAGAUUUGCUAUGGAAAAUAACACUUGAUUAUGCUAACCUCACUAAAAUGCAGAUCAAUAAGAAUAGAGUAUACAUACAAAGAGGGAAACCUGAUGAAAGGUUUCCUCUUUUCGAGCCCGAAUCCUUAAAGUGGCCCGGGUUUGUGGAGUUUGAUGAUAUAAAUGAAAAGGUGCUUACCUACUCUACACAAGAUAGGUGA